CAGACAGAUUCUCAGGCUCGGCAGCAGAGCGGCUCUUAGGACGCUGAGCCGGGGCAGCCCAGGGUUCCAGGCUCUGCGAGGCAGCGGCUGCCGAGGUGGGCGAGCGGCAGGCGCGGCCGAGGCGCGGGAGCGGCCGCGGAGACUCGGGUCCCCGCGCUGGGCGAAAACGCCGGGCGGCCGAGGCGGCGCCGAAACCCCGGAUCCCAGGGCUGCCGGCCGGGCUUCCCCGGUGCGGCUGGCGCCGAACUCCAUUCCGGGUGCGGCGGAGAGCAGGACCCGCCGGUCUUCUCCGGAUCGCCCGCAAAAGGCUCGGCGCCCCGGCGCUGGCUGGAACCCGGGCCGCCCAGCCGGGUACCCGAACCGAGCAUCCAUCCCUGCCCGCAGCUGGCGCAGACAUGGGCGCACGGGGCUGCGCGCCGGGCCGUGGGACCCGCAAAGUUUGCUAGCUGGAGGUGCUCGGAGCUUAGAGCGAGCCCCGCACCGAAGCCCCAGGAGAGAUACCCCCACCCCGAAAUCACUGAAUUGGGUGCGAGGACCCGUGGAGCUGAGAAGGGUGGCUCGGCCUCGCUAGAUGCCUUCUGCAAAGUUAGAAGAGAAGAAAACUUCGGCUCCAGGGAGAUUCGGACCGUUAUGCUAACCGCGCCCCACGAGCCCCGCGCCCCUUCUAAAAGACACCGGGCGUCCGCGCCUGCCACCGUGCUCUGCUCGCAGCCAGUACCAAGGGCUGGGCGCCUGGAACCGCGGUGACUACGUCGGCCCGAGAAAACCCAACCAGGGGGCGGGGAGGGGCGGGAGGCGGGCAACGUGGCCACCGGGAGGAAGUUUCCUGAAGUUGUCCUCUCAUUCAGGAGCUCAUCCAGCGACCAGGCCGGAUCGCAGGGGUCGCCCUGCCUGUGAGAAGUAGUCUGAGUCGGGGUGCUAAGGGAUACAGGCACCCCGAGUUUGAGAGGAGGCUUGGCCUCUUUCUGCUCUCCCCUUGCUUUACGGAAUAGCCAGCGCAGAAAGAGGAGAAAGCAUUUGGGGUCGCCGGUGCGGCCCCUACGGGCAUAGUGUCCAGGACUUGGCCACGCAGUCUCCUGGGACCCCAGAGGAUUAUAAAGCGGCUCGCAAAGAGGGGACACUUUAGAGGACCCCUCGGUCAAGAUGACCAGCAUGUGGAGGCUGCUGAUCUGGACUCUACUGGCCCUGCAUCGGAUCCACUCGGCUGGGGCCCAAGAUGAUGUACCGCCAUACUUCAAGACGGAGCCAGUGCGCACACAAGUGCAUCUGGAAGGGAACCGCCUGGUGCUCACCUGCAUGGCCGAGGGCAGCUGGCCACUGGAGUUCAAGUGGCUGCACAAUAACCGGGAGCUGACCAGGUUCUCGCUGGAGUACAGGUACAUGAUUACCAGCCUGGACCGCACCCACGCUGGCUUCUACCGCUGCAUCGUGCGUAACCGGAUGGGGGCCCUGCUACAGCGGCAGACUGAGGUCCAGGUGGCCUACAUGGGGAGCUUUGAGGAAGGCGAGAAGCACCAGAGUGUGUCCCACGGAGAAGCUGCUGUCAUCAGAGCACCUCGCAUUUCCAGCUUCCCCCGGCCACAGGUGACCUGGUUCCGUGACGGACGCAAGAUCCCACCCAGCAGCCGCAUAGCCAUCACGCUGGAGAACACCCUGGUCAUCCUGUCGACGGUGGCUCCCGAUGCUGGCCGCUACUACGUGCAGGCGGUUAAUGACAAGAACGGAGACAACAAGACCAGUCAGCCCAUCACUCUCGCAGUGGAGAAUGUUGGGGGGCCUGCUGACCCCAUCGCACCAACCAUAAUCAUCCCACCCAAGAACACCAGUGUGGUGGCUGGGACCUCGGAGGUGACCAUGGAGUGCGUGGCCAAUGCCAGGCCUCUGAUCAAGCUGCACAUUGUGUGGAAGAAAGACGGGGCCCUGCUCUCCAGUGGUAUCAGCGACUACAACCGCAGGCUCACCAUCACCAACCCCACGGUCAGCGACACCGGAUACUAUGCAUGCGAGGCCAUGCUACGCAGCAGCAGUGUAGCCCCUGUCACCCGGGGCGCCUACCUCUCGGUGCUGGAGCCACCUCAGUUCGUCAGAGAGCCCGAGAGACACAUCACAGCCGAGAUGGAGAAGGUGGUAGACAUCCCCUGUCGAGCCAAAGGGGUGCCGCCUCCCUCCAUCACCUGGUACAAGGACGCUGCGUUGGUGGAGGUGGGAAAGCUCACACGCUUCAAGCAGCGUAGCGACGGCGGCCUGCAGAUCAGCGGCCUGCUGCCCGACGAUACCGGCAUGCUCCAGUGUUUCGCCCACAACGCAGCCGGCGAGGCCCAGACCUCCACCUACCUGGCCGUCACCAGCAUCGCCCCUAAUAUCACCAGAGGCCCCCUGGACAGCACGGUGAUUGACGGCAUGUCCGUUGUACUGGCGUGUGAGACCUCAGGGGCACCACGGCCUGCUAUCACUUGGCAGAAAGGGGAGCGCAUCUUAGCCAGCGGCUCUGUCCAGCUGCCUCGCUUCACGCUGCUGGAGUCUGGAAGCUUGCUCAUUAGCCCAACCCAUAUCUCGGACGCUGGUACCUACACCUGUCUGGCCACCAACUCUCGGGGAGUGGACGAGGCGUCGGCAGACCUGGUCGUAUGGGCCCGGACACGCAUCACCAAGCCGCCCCAGGACCAGAGUGUCAUCAAGGGCACCCAGGCCUCCAUGGUGUGUGGUGUAACCCACGAUCCCAGAGUGACUGUCAGGUACGUGUGGGAGAAGGAUGGGGCCACCCUGGCCGUGGAGACUAAUCCUCGGAUCCGCCUGGACAAAAAUGGCUCCCUACACAUCUCGCAGACGUGGUCAGGGGACAUUGGCACAUAUACCUGCCGGGUACUCUCAGCUGGUGGCAAUGACUCUCGCAACGCCCACCUUCGAGUCAGGCAGCUUCCCCAUGCUCCUGAGCACCCUGUGGCAACACUCAGCACCGUGGAGAGACGCGCCAUCAACCUGACCUGGGCCAAACCCUUCGACGGCAACAGCCCUCUGAUGCGCUACAUCUUGGAGAUGUCAGAAAACAAUGCUCCCUGGACCAUACUCCUGGCCAGCGUGGACCCAGAAGCCACCUCAGUGAUGGUCAAGGGACUGGUUCCCGCUCGUUCCUACCAGUUCCGCCUCUGUGCUGUCAACGAUGUUGGCAAAGGACAGUUCAGCAAGGACACAGAAAGGGUCUCCCUUCCUGAGGAGCCCCCCACGGCCCCUCCACAGAACGUCAUCGCCAGCGGCCGGACCAACCAAUCCAUCAUGAUCCAAUGGCAACCACCUCCUGAGAGCCACCAGAACGGGAUCCUCAAGGGCUACAUCAUCAGGUACUGCCUGGCGGGGCUACCUGUUGGGUACCAGUUUAAGAACAUCACAGAUGCUGACGUCAACAACCUGUUGCUGGAGGACCUCAUCAUCUGGACCAAUUACGAGAUCGAGGUGGCCGCCUACAACAGCGCCGGGCUGGGCGUCUACAGUAGCAAAGUCACCGAGUGGACGCUGCAGGGAGUUCCCACGGUGCCCCCGGGCAAUGUGCACGCAGAAGCCACAAAUUCUACAGCCAUCCGCUUCACCUGGAAUGCCCCCAGUCCCCAGUUCAUCAACGGCAUCAACCAAGGCUACAAGCUGAUUGCCUGGGAGCCAACCCAAGAAGAGGAGGUUACCAUGGUGACUGCCAGGCCCAACUUUCAAGACAGCAUCCACGUGGGCUUCGUGUCCGGCCUGAAGAAAUUCACAGAGUACUUCACGUCGGUGCUCUGCUUCACCACACCGGGAGAUGGGCCUCGGAGCAGCCCCCAGCUGGUGCGCACCCAUGAGGACGUGCCUGGACCUGUGGGACACCUGAGCUUCAAUGACAUCCUGGACACCUCGCUGAAGGUCAGCUGGCAGGAGCCUGGAGAGAAGAAUGGUAUCCUGACAGGGUACCGGAUCUCCUGGGAAGAGUACAACAGAACCAAUACCCGUGUGACCCACUACCUGCCCAACGUAACCCUGGAGUACCGAGUCACAGGCCUCACAGCACUCACCACCUAUACUAUAGAGGUGGCUGCCAUGACCUCCAAGGGCCAGGGCCAGGUGUCGGCCUCUACUAUUUCUUCCGGUGUGCCUCCAGAGCUUCCAGGGGCACCCACCAACCUGGGCAUUUCCAACAUUGGCCCGCGAUCCGUGACCUUGCAGUUCAGGCCUGGCUAUGACGGGAAGACGUCCAUCUCCCGCUGGGUAGUGGAGGCUCAGGUGGGCGUGAUCGGGGAGGGAGAGGAGUGGUUGCUGAUCUACCAACUCGGCAAUGAGCCUGACGCACGGUCCAUGGAGGUGCCGGACCUCAACCCCUUCACCUACUACAGCUUCCGCAUGCGCCAAGUGAACAUCGUCGGCACCAGCCCACCCAGUCAACCUUCUAGAAAGAUCCAGACACUCCAGGCACCCCCCGACAUGGCCCCAGCCAACGUGACCCUGCGCACAGCCAGUGAGACCAGCUUGUGGCUCCGAUGGAUGCCUCUCCCAGAAAUGGAAUACAACGGCAACCCCGAGUCUGUGGGCUACAAGAUCAAGUACAGCCGGUCCGACGGCCACGGCAAGACACUGAGUCACACAGUACAAGACCGAGUGGAGCGAGAAUACACUAUCGAGGACCUGGAGGAGUGGACAGAGUACCGUGUCCAGGUCCAAGCCUUCAACGCCAUUGGGAGCGGGCCCUGGAGCCAGGCAGUGGUGGGCAGGACCCGGGAAUCAGUCCCAUCCUCUGGCCCCACCAACGUGUCGGCUCUGGCCACCACCUCUAGCAGCAUGCUGGUCCGCUGGAGCGAGAUCCCAGAGGCAGAUCGAAAUGGCCUCGUGCUGGGCUACAAGGUGAGGUACAAGGAGAAGGACUCGGACUCCCAGGCCCGGUUCUGGCUGGUGGAAGGCAACUCAUCCCGCAGUGCCCAGCUCACAGGCCUGGGCAAGUAUGUGCUCUACGAGGUCCAGGUUCUGGCCUUCACACGCAUCGGCGAUGGCAGCCCUAGCCACCCGCCCAUCCUGGAGCGGACCCUAGAUGACGUCCCAGGGCCCCCCAUGGGCAUCCUGUUUCCAGAGGUGAGAACCACAUCUGUGCGGCUCAUCUGGCAGCCCCCUGCAGCCCCCAACGGCAUCAUUCUGGCCUACCAGAUCACACACCGGCUCAACGCCACUACAGCCAACACCGCCACAGUGGAGGUCCUGGCGCCCAGCGCCCGCCAGUACAUGGCCACGGGCCUCAAGCCGGAGUCUGUCUACCUAUUCCGUAUCACAGCCCAAACCCGCAAAGGCUGGGGAGAGGCUGCUGAGGCCUUGGUGGUGACUACAGAGAAGAGAGACCGCCCGCAGCCUCCUAGCAAGCCGGUGAUACAGCAGGAAGACGUGAAAGCGCGCAGUGUGCUGCUGUCCUGGGAGCCCGGCAGCGACGGGCUCUCCCCAGUGCGCUACUACACCAUCCAGACGCGCGAGCUGCCCAGCGGCAGGUGGGCGCUGCACUCGGCCUCGGUGAGCCACAAUGCCUCCGCCUUCACUGUGGACAGACUCAAACCCUUUACAUCCUACAAGUUCCGAGUAAAGGCAACCAACGACAUUGGGGACAGCGAGUUCAGCGAGGAAUCGGAGUCGCUGACCACCCUGCAGGCAGCCCCAGAUGAGGCACCCACCAUCCUGUCGGUGACUCCCCACACCACCACCUCUGUGCUAAUCCGAUGGCAGCCUCCAUCUGAGGACAAGAUCAACGGCAUCCUCUUGGGCUUCCGAAUCCGGUACCGGGAGCUGCUCUACGAGGGGCUGAGGGGCUUCACUCUUCGAGGCAUCAACAACCCGGGGGCCAAGUGGGCUGAGCUCACCUCCUUGUACUCCAUGCGGAACCUGACCCGGCCCAGCCUCACACAGUACGAGCUGGACAAUCUCAGCAAGCACAGGCGUUACGAGAUCCGGAUGAGCGUGUACAACGCCGUGGGUGAGGGACCCUUGAGCCCGCCGCAAGAGGUCUUUGUCGGGGAGGCAGUGCCCACAGCAGCACCGCAGAAUGUGGCUAUCCACAGCGCCACAGCCACACAGCUGGAGGUGAGCUGGGAGCCACCCCCUUUGGACAACCAGAAUGGAGACAUCCAAGGAUACAAGAUUUAUUUCUGGGAAGUCCAGCGGAGGAACCUCACAGAGAGGGUGAAGACUCUCUUCCUGGCCGAGAACAGCGUGAAACUCAAGAACCUGACUGGCUACACGGCCUACAUGGUCAGCGUGGCAGCCUUCAACGCUGCGGGGGAUGGGCCGCGGAGCACUCCGACCCAGGGCCAGACUCAGCAAGCAGCCCCCAGUGCCCCAGGCUCGGUCAAGUUCAGCGAGCUGACCACUACCUCAGUGAAUGUGUCCUGGGAUGCCCCACAGUUCCCCAACGGUCCUCUGGAGGGCUACCGGCUGGUGUAUGAACCCUGCACCCCAGUGGAUGGGGUCAGCAAGAUUGUGACGGUGGACGUGAAGGGGAACAGCCCGCUGUGGCUGAAAGUGAAGGAUCUGGCCGAGGGCAUGACCUACCGUUUCCGAAUCAAAGCCAAGACCUUCACCUAUGGGCCUGAGAUCGAAGCCAACGUCACUACGGGCCCUGGAGAAGGUGCCCCAGGACCACCCGGAGUGCCAAUUAUUGUCCGGUACAGCUCAGCCAUUGCCAUCCACUGGUCCAGCGGAGAUCCCGGCAAAGGACCCAUCACGCGCUACGUGAUAGAGGCCAGGCCUUCAGAUGAGGGGCUCUGGGACAUUCUCAUCAAGGAUAUCCCCAAGGAGGUGACUUCCUAUACCUUCAGCAUGGACAUCCUAAAGCCAGGCGUAAGCUACGACUUCCGGGUCAUCGCGGUCAAUGACUACGGCUUUGGCACUCCCAGCAGCCCCUCCCAGUCUGUACCAGCCCAGAAAGCCAGCCCCUUUUAUGAGGAAUGGUGGUUCUUGGUGGUCAUCGCCCUUGUGGGCCUCAUCUUCAUCCUGCUUCUAGUCUUCGUACUCAUCAUCCGGGGUCAGAGCAAGAAGUACUCCAAGAAGACAGAUGCAGCAGGGAACACCAAGUCAGGAGCGCUCGGCCAUGGGGAGAUGCUGAGCCUGGAUGAAAGCAGUUUUCCUGCCCUGGAACUCAACAACCGGCGGCUGUCCGUAAAGAACUCCUUCUGCAGGAAGAACGGCUUAUACACCAGGUCCCCUCCCAGGCCCAGUCCAGGCAGCCUACAUUACUCUGAUGAAGACGUUACCAAGUACAAUGACCUCAUCCCAGCCGAGAGCAGCAGCCUGACUGAGAAGCCCUCGGAGAUCUCAGACUCCCAGGGGAGUGACAGCGAGUACGAAGUAGACACGAACACCCAGAAAGCCCACUCCUUCGUCAACCAUUAUAUCAGUGACCCCACAUACUACAACUCUUGGCGGCGCCAACAGAAAGGCAUCUCUCGGGCCCAGGCCUACAGCUACACAGAGAGUGAUUCCGGCGAACCUGACCACGUCACGGUCCCCAACAGCAACAGCACCCAGCAAGGCAGCCUUUUCCGGCCCAAGGCCAGCCGGACUCCAACGCCCCAAAACCCCCCGAAUCCCCCGAGUCAGCAGAGCACCCUCUACCGUCCUCCCAGCAGCCUCGCCCCCGGCUCCCGGGCACCCAUAGCUGGGUUCUCAUCCUUCGUCUGACAUCAAAAGAGGAGAAAGAAUGAGGGGGAAAAAAGAGAAAGACACCAAAAUCCUCCUUUGCCACUUCCCAAAACGCCUGCCACAAAACACACAAGAAAACUCCACCAAGACAUCGACUCAACUUUUCACCUCCCAAGUUUAUUUUUCCAGAGAUUCCAGGGCCAGCAAAGCCGGGUUGGAGGACGGGCGGAGGGAGAAGAAACCCACAGGAGGACUUGGAGGCGUGUGACCUGCAAUGGCUUCCCAACCUUGGGGUCCGUUUGGCUGUGUGGAGGGCUGGAAACCAGAUAGUCUCACUUCUGCCGAGGACAGAGGGGCUUGGGGCCCCGGAGAGAGGGCGCCGGAAGGCAGGUGGGGCCGAGGGAUCAGGAAGCUUCUAGAGAUGUAGCCGGCUUCAUCCCUCACACUCGUGCUAGACCUCUGGGCUCGCUAUCCUUGCCUCUCCGCAAAAGGAGGGGUGUGCUCAGAGGCAAAGCCUGCCCGCUGUCUCUGGCUCUUCCUGGCAGGUGUCCCAUGGCCUUGU